UAAACGCUUUUUCUGCCACAGAGAGGAACAGUUUUCGGUUUUCAUUUGCUACAACCUACUCUUUCUCUCUUCCAUCCUCCUCUAUUUCUUCUUAACCCGAGGCACAUCCGGCCGGCUAUUGGUUGCGCUCGACUGGUUUUGGCGGGACGGGAGGAAGUAUAAAAGGAAGAUUCCAAGAAUGCUCGGGGAGGAGACAACAGAAGCGGAGAGAACCCGGGUAAAGUUGGGCGAAAACAUGCCGGAGAGACUGGAUCAGUUGCCAGGUAGUCCGGUGAAAAAGAUUGAGGACAGGAAUGCGGAGCUGAAGGAUAACAAGAAAAAAGAGAAAGAUGAAAAAAACCGGUGGGAUUUGUACGAGAAUCCAAAUCUCUAUUACCGCAUUAUGGCGUUCUCAAACGUUACACUCUCAACUGUUACAUGAAUUUGUAAUGCAAGACUAGCACAGGUGAGCGUGAGAGGGAGACCCUUGCGCGUCUUGCAUCACAGGUUUAGCGCGGAUUACAGUGCUAUUUAGCCCUCCGGGAAUUUGUCAUGCGAAGCAGCUUGAUAGUCUGGCGGGUCAUUGUCAUUUUGCAUGACAAAUCAUGUAACAGUUGAGAAUGUAACGUUUGAGAGCCCCAUACGAAUCAAGAAAUCCGCCGGGUUUUACGAGCAGCAGAGAAAGUAUGGGAGCGCACAACCCCGCCUCUCCCUCAUUCGUAUUGCAUGAACAGCAAUACAAACACCAGCACACGUGGAGCCUGUGCAUGACAAGAAAUUAAUGCAGGUCUACUGUAGUACUGUUUGGGCUCCUUUCGAAUUCGAAAUGUGUCAUGCAUAAAUAGUGACGCAAGGAAGCAAUUGGAUUUGGGACCGUGCAUCAGAAAUGAGAACGAGGGGGAGUUGUGCACUCUCAUAGAAAGCAAAAAGCGCGGAACUACCACCCGCUAUUCGGGAACAUGGAGGAGUUUUACAAAAAUCUGGACGACUACCGGAACGCCGACCGGAAGAUGGUGUUCGAUUUCCGGUCGGAAGCGGUGCGGGAAAGAGACGGCGAUGAGGGGGAGCACCGGUGGCGGUACGUGGUCGACUUAGAUUACUGGUUCGGGAGCUUGGCGCCCCGAGUGCACAGGUAUUUGACGGAGAGAAGGGAGGACAAGCUCCGGAAGAAGAGGAAAGACGCAGAGGCGAAGAGACGAAAGCAAGAAUUGUUGGAGCUACGGAAGCCGGUCGUGUUUGGCGAGGGGAUCCGGAAGCACGCGGAAAAUGGGGAUGAAAAUAACAAGAUUUCUGUCGGAAAGAAGAAAUGGGGAUUAGCCGCGUCGAAAGUGCACAUGGGCACGCGCAUGGCGAAAUUACAGAGGAUAUCAAAUGGAAAAGUGUCUGAGUCUGGAAGGUUGGAACUUGUGAUGCUAACUUUGGACUCUAAAAAAAUCUGUAUUGCAUCAUGACCAGGAAGAGGACUCAAGUUUGCGCUACGCGGGGAGAGCGUUUGUCAUGCGGAGUAGGCAUCAGGAAGUCCUCUAAAAAUCUGUGAUGCUAGGUCGUGCAUUACAGACAUCCUGGGUCAUGCAAAACAUGCGUGAGAAGUCUCAGAAGCUUCCAGACCCAGACACUUUUGUAUUUGAUAGAGGAAGACGAGCUUUUUGGAACGACAUUUACCCCCGAAGUGCUACGUGUACGUGAAGCAAAUCAACAGAGACAUCUCCUUUCGGAAAAUGCAGUUCAACUGGCUGCGGAUACGGGUUUGGCAGACCUUCAGGAUUUGGCUAAAGCGUUUUGGCGUCGAUUUCCGGUACUGGGCGCUGUUCAAGUUACUGGAGAAGGAACUCGCGGUCUUGGUCAGGAACAUUUUAGCGAGAAUCAACAAGAAAGAGAAGAAAAAGAAAAGAAGAAAAGGCGUUUAUGCGGGCGAGGAUGGAGGUGGAGAUUUUGAGGAUGUGAUUUUUGACGAUGGGUUGAUAGACGAAGAAGUGUACGGGUCUGAUGACGAAUCUACUUUCACCACCGAAGAAGAUGCUGCGUCCUCAUCUGUGGCCGAAGGUGGAGAGCAACACCAACACGACAAGCAGCAAGCUCCACCCAACAAGCACCAAACCGAAACGGAACUGACCCUGCAGCUCCUGUUCCAAAAACGAGCCAAAUUGUGGAAAAAAUCGGAGAAGAGGAGCUGGAAGAAAAUCCUCGCUCUGACCACCGCGGUUUUCACUGUUUUUUUCGUCAAAAUCGCGUUUGUACUCACCAAUUUCGCUUUAGUCGGGACUUACAGCCUGAUUCUCUUUCCGAUUUUCUCUCUCCAUUGGCUGUAUGAAAC